AUGUUCAUUGCAAGUUCACCACUCCUACAAUUCAAUCGUUUUGAUAUGCUAAAUCCUAAUGAGUAUGAUAAUACAACUAAUGAUUCCAAUCCUGUUUACGCAGUCGAUGAAGCAGCCAAUGAAUCUUCUACGCAGGGGUUCUCGCUAAAUUCUGUUGCUGCAAACUACUUGCUAGAUGAAAAUCAGUCUGAUUUAUUCAAUGAGGAUUUAACACCCCCGGGAUACAUAGCUGGUACUAAUAGUACCGGUGAAGAAGCGUUGUACACUAAUAAUUUGUACACUCAGUCAAUCAACGUCAACUUAGGCGCAGUCACACCACAAUCGAGAGCUUACAAUAAUUCAACUUCUCAUAUGUCAAACAAUCAACCACAGACCACAGACCAGCCUAUCGAUAAUUUCUCCUACCAAUCAUCCUCACAAUACCACUAUCCUUUGGCGUCAUCAGUCUCCUCAUCAAUUCAAUCUUUCACACAACAAUUGGAUGCUGGUCAUUCUUCGACAUACAACUUCAACUACCCAACUACAAACACAUCGAGUUUGGACACUCAAUACCCACAACAAGGGUCAUUAACAGCCUCAAUGUUUAAUCCACCACCACCAUUGCCAAUUUCAUCUUCAUCUCCACCACAAUUUGCUUCUGCUAGUGGUGGCAUCAAUCAGUCACAAUCAGUGUAUUUCGACGGGUUUAAUAACCAACCUUCCUUGUCUGCAGUGUCCAGUGAUCAACUACUGUACACUAGCUCACCAGGGUCUGUCACAACAACUCGUCAACAAGUGCCAGAAAAGCAACCAAAUAAAAAGUCACCUACGCAGAGACAACGACGCAACACAACAGCCAAGAAGGAAAACAAAUCCCCAGUACUCACAACGUCUUUUAUACAACAUCCUUCGCUGGACAAAAAGAGGUAUCGUAUAUUGCGUGGCGUUUCUGCUGGUGGUAGUAGUACGCGACCACCUAAAGAGGCGCUUAAUAGUAACUCAAUUUUCCUACCCGUGGAAUUAAACUUGGUGGGUGCUUCUGUUGAUGAUAUAUGCUGUCCCAAAUGGUCGGCACUGGAGAAACAAGAUCGUCGUCGAAUCAUCCGUAUUGAACGUAUACAGAAUGGGCCGCAAUUGUCGCUCAAUUUCAGCAUUGUGGGUAGUGCUAAUGAAAACCCUAUAACCUUGCCAGCACCUCCCAAUGUUGAUGUUGUUGAAGUGUCAUGCUUGGAAUGUGAUGUUCGAACCAAUGAUGAUUACGAAUCUCAAUCCUCCGAUGAUGAAACUGGUUCUAUCAAAACACAAGGAUCCAGAAGCAAACGAUUUGUCAAUACUGAUCCUGAAACUGGGCGUAAUUACCAGUACUACAUAACCUCGGUUGAGGUGAUUGAAAUUGUUGAGUUGUUGAUUGGUACUGCUUUUGUUGAUGCUGGUGAACGAAGAAGAGAACGUGGUAGAGUCAGAUCCAACUUGGUUCCAUUCUGGUCUAAAAAGUCAAUUAGUUCACGAAUGAGUGAAGCAUCAUCUGUAUCUUCAGGUGCGUCCUUGACUUCGAGUUCAAGAGAUAGCAGUGUUUCAUCUAACAGUACUAUAAGUACUGCUGCUGCGGGUCCUGCCUCAACAUAUCCUUCGUUUGACCCCGAUACUAACUCACAACCUACAAAUCAAGAUUACCGUCUGGAACUAGCGAAAAGAAUAAUGGCGUACGAUAUACGUAAACCACGAGGAUUUGACAAAGAGGUUAGGAUCUUGAGAUGGGAUAAAUUGAUACCAGCACUUAAACGUGCAUCACAUAGUUAUUACACUGAAAUCCCACAAGGUGAUGAGUUGCAUGCACUGUUUUCAAAUUUUGACAUUUGA